AGUAUGGCGGAGUUCGACGUGCGUGUCGUGUCUUUCGUUACAUAACUUAUUACUUGUGAGAGAAUAAGACUGGAAUAAGAAAGGAGGAACGAAAAGAAAUAGAAAAAGAUACAUAACGUGGGGAAUAGUAUAAAUUUGAGAAAUCUAUAUAAAUAAGUUAAAAUCGUGGAAGAAAAUAGAGAAAAUAAAGGAAGCGACAAGACGGUGAACAACGAUUCAUCUUUGUUAGACAUUGGUAAUACAAAGACAGUGCCUGUCGCGGAUCAAGAAUUAUGCCGAAGAUUGGAGACGUACAUCGCUAGUAGUACCGGCGAGGAUGCCGUUGCAAUUGAAGUUGAAGAAGCGGUAACGAACAUUGAAUAUCAACAGAACGUUGACGCUAACAUGUCGAAGAUUCAAGCGAAUAAUACAACAGGGACUAAUCGUAUCCUGCCAACGCUUAGUCGUUUCAAGUAUGAAUAUUUUGUCGCCGGUAUAUCCGGUGGCGUUGUUUCGACAUUGACCCUUCAUCCAUUAGAUCUAAUCAAAAUUAGAUUGGCAGUUAACGAUGGACGUGCAUCAGUACCACAAUACAACGGUAUAGUAGAUGCCUUCAGGCAAAUUGUGAAAAGCGAAGGAAUACGUGGAUUUUAUAGAGGAGUUACACCAAACGUUUUAGGAUCAGGCUGCUCUUGGGGAUUGUAUUUCUUUUUUUACAAUAACAUAAAGACAUGGAUUCAAGGAGGAAAUUCGAAAAAACCAUUAGGUCCAUCUAUGCAUAUGCUGGCAGCUGCGGAUGCAGGAUUACUAACAUUAUUGAUGACUAAUCCAAUAUGGGUAGUGAAAACACGGUUGUGUUUACAAUACGUUGAGGAUAAAAAUCUUGCUGAAUGUAAGAAAUAUAAAGGAGUGACCGAUGCUCUUAAAAAGAUUUAUAGAACCGAAGGCAUCAGGGGCUUAUACAAGGGUUUAGUUCCUGGAAUGUUUGGUGUAUCGCAUGGAGCCAUACAGUUUAUGACGUAUGAAGAAAUGAAAAAUCAAUACAACGUGUACCAGAAUUUACCUAUUGAUACAAAGCUGAAUAUGUUCGAGUACAUCCUUUUUGCAGCUGUUUCUAAAGUGAUUGCCGCUGGUGUGACAUAUCCUUACCAAGUACUAAGGGCACGUUUGCAAGAUCAUCAUCUUGACUACAGAGGAACAUGGCACUGCAUUCAGGUGACAUGGAGGUAUGAAGGUUGGCGUGGAUUUUACAAGGGUCUUAGUGUCAACCUUACCAGAGUGACCCCAGCAACGGUGAUAACUUUUGUGGUCUACGAGAAUCUUGUCCACUUCCUCAAGUUCAACUCAUAGACU